AUGGCGGUCUCUACACUUGCAGAGGCACUAGCCACUUUUCAGCUCGAAUGCUCUUGGACAUCAGCAAAAAUCGAGCUGAAUCAAAACAUCGCCGUCUUCGAGGAUUCAAUCACAGCUGACAAAAUUUCAGAUCAAAGCAUUUUCCUUUAUGUAAACGACAACAACAACGAAAACUGUCGAUUCAACAGCCUCUCACACGAAUGGACCUUCAACGAAUGCGCGAAGAAUGGCAAGAACAAGAUCAUCUACGAUCGUAAUCAUGAAAUAUUUUCAUCGCCAAAGGUUCUUUUCGAAGUGGAGUGUUUGACGGCAACUUCUUCUAAAAGCGUAACAGUUGACAACCCUUUUCUCCAUGCUGACCAAACUCCCGGCUUUCCUCCUUUCGACGUUGGGUCAAUAUCUGAUAAUCCUGACGAGGAACUUGAAGAUGUCCCGAAGCUUUCCAGUUUCACUCCACUUACUGUUCCUUUAAAAUUCAUCUACACGAACGGUGGCACUGAAGUACCAACUGUAGGAAACAAGCUUCUGGUCGACGACGAAGUAACUGUGUCACUCAAUCUUGAGGGCUUUCCUGAAGGAGUUGGAGGUGCAUUAGGCAAAUGCGGAGUGAGCUUAGCUGGAAGAAAGACAACAAUCUUCAAUGACGGAUGCGCAACUGUAGAAGGAGUCCGUGCAAACGCACUCAAUAGCUUUGACUUUGCUCUGCCUUUCUGCAGCGAUUUCUCAACAAAGCUCAUCGAAAUAUCCUGCACUGGAAGUUUUUGCACAAGUGAUUUUUGCGAAGGAGAACUUCCUUUAUGCCCGUCUGUUCAUAAUUUCAUAUCUUGCUGA